UGGAAUAGUUCAUAUUUUAGGAAACCUGAGUCAUUGGCACUGAUUUUGAUGUGUUUUAGGGAUGUAGUCUACUGCCGCUAUUUCGAUGUGUUUCGGAAAGAGAUUGGUGUACCAUUUAAGACCGUGAUAUUUCCUGAAUUCAAUGCACACUGUGAAGUUCGCAAUGGCACUGCUUUCAUGUCUUUGACGGACACCCCCUCAGCCGCGUACGACUUUCCUGUUCCUGUUAUCAAUCGGACGCAAAGCGAAGCAAAAUACUUCUUUUCUGUCUGUGUUGCACCAAUUUUUGGUAACGAGCCAAAAUGGUUACUAUUAGCUGAACUCAUUGAGCACUACAAACUGCAGGGUGCUUCUUAUUUCUACGUGUAUUCCAAAUACAUUGAUGAAUAUAGUCGAAUUCUGCUCGAUGACUAUAUUCGCACUGGAGAAGCGGAAGCUAUUAUUCUGCACGAUCACUUCGAAAGAGCGGAUGACAGAUGGCAAGCGGUACAAUUGCAGGACUGUCUUCUCCGGGCCCGCAGGCACUCUCGCUGGAUCGCCUUCAUUGAUCUCGAUGAGAGGUUGAUCAUGACAGAGUAUGAUGGAACUAUUCACAACUAUUUGAGGAAUAUUUCCAACCCAAAAAUUGGAGCGAUUCAGUUUCGUCAACGAUGGAUCCUCAAGAACGAGUCGUUGCCUGAACGCUACGAUGGGGACCAAAAGGUGAGCGAAUGGCUGCCUACGCGGCGGUACCACAACACAUCUAGCGUUGGACCACCUGGACAUACUACAAAAUGCAUCGUCGAUCCGGAAAAGGUCCUGAUAAUGAACGUACAUUAUCCUACUGGUGUGCCUUACUUACUUUGUUGGAAUGAUGAACGUUUCAGGCACUAUCGAGACGUGAAGUCUGGCAAUUGGGGGAAAAAGUGGUUGCAAAGUGUCGAGCGAAUGGGUAACUUUUCCAUGACUGACUAUCCGGAACGCUACGCUAAUCCAUUGCUGAACAAUGUCCAACAACGUGUUCGCUACGUAUAUGGGAAAAGUCUCAAAAAUUUAAGACUAGAAUGA